AUGAGAGUCAGCAACCAGUCGAGUGUCUCUGAGUUCCUCCUCCUGGGACUCUCCAGGGAUCCCCAGCAGCAGCGGCUCCUCUUCCUGCUCUUCCUCACCAUGUACCUGGCCACUGUCCUGGGGAACCUGCUCAUCAUCCUGUCCAUCGGCACAGACUCCCGCCUGCACAUCCCCAUGUACUUCUUCCUCAGCAACCUGUCCUUCGUGGAUGUCUGCUUCUCCUCCACCACUGUCCCCAAGGUGCUGGCCAACCACUUACUCGGGACUCAGGCCAUUUCCUUCUCUGGGUGUCUCACACAGAUGUAUUUUCUUUACUUGUUUGCUCUCAUGGACAAUUUCCUGCUGGCUGUGAUGGCCUAUGACCGUUUUGUGGCCAUCUGCCACCCUUUACACUACACAACAAAGAUGACCCAAAAACUGUGUGUCCUGAUGGUGGCAGGAUCAUGGGUCACUGCCAGUUUGAGUGUCCUAUUACACACCCUGCUCAUUGCUCAGCUCUCAUUCUGUGGGGACAAUGCCAUCCCUCACUUCUUCUGUGACCUGACUCCUCUCCUGAGACUGUCCUGCUCUGACACAUACCUCAAUGAGCUGAUGAUCCUCACAGAGGGAGCUGUUGUCACGGUCACCCCUUUUGUCUGCAUCCUAAUCUCCUACAUCCAUAUCACAUCUGCUGUCCUGAGAGUCUCAUCCCCAAGGGGAAGACGGAAAGCCUUCUCCACGUGUGGUUCCCACCUGACUGUGGUCUGCCUCUUCUAUGGCACCAUCAUUGCCGUGUAUUUCAACCCUGCAUCUGCACAUUCAUCUGAGAAGGACACGGCAGCCACCGUGCUGUACACAGUGGUGACCCCCAUGCUGAACCCGUUCAUCUACAGCCUGAGGAACAGCGACCUGAAAGGGGCUCUCUACAGAGUGGUCCACAGAGGGACCUUUUCUGUUUAA